CGUGGAUGAGGGGAGCUGCACAGAGAGCAGACACCAGUACCAGCCAUGGGGAGGGCAGCCACAAUCCUCCUGGCACUACUCAGCCUAACAGCGACUAUUUGUGAUACCCAGGACACCUGCCCAGAGGUGAGAAUAGUGGGACUGGGUGAUGCUGACCGGCUUGCUGUUCUCCAAGGAUGCCCAGGGAUCCCAGGUGCCUCUGGCCCAAAAGGAGAACCAGGUCUCCCAGGAGCAAAAGGAGAAAUGGGAGCCCAGGGACUUCCUGGGAAAACAGGACCAACUGGUGCCAAAGGAGCAGCUGGAGAGCCUGGCUUCCCAGGACCACAAGGAAUAAAAGGAGAGCCCGGAUUUCCAGAAACAUGGGAAGCCAGGAACUGCCAAGAGCUGUUGGGGAAAGGGAAGAACCUGAGCGGCUGGUACACCAUCUACCCACAAGGCUGCAAUGCCACCACUGUCUUCUGUGACAUGGACACGGAUGGCGGAGGAUGGAUUGUUUUCCAGAGGCGCUGGGAUGGGUCAGUGAACUUCUUGCGAGGUUGGGAUUCAUACAAACGAGGUUUUGGCAACCAGCUGACAGAGUUUUGGCUGGGGAAUGACAACAUCCACUUCCUCACCUCACUGGGAACCUGUGAACUCCGCAUUGACCUGAGAGACUUCGAAAACAACUACUAUUUUGCCAAGUAUGCUUCGUUCAGAGUGUUAGGAGAGUCUGAGAAAUACAAACUGGUGCUAGGAGACUUCCUUGGUGGAAAUGCUGGAGACUCCUUAUCAUACCACAAGGACAUGCCGUUUUCAACAACAGACCAGGACAACGACAUGAGCUCCUUUAACUGUGCCACAGAGUACAAGGGAGCAUGGUGGUACAACGACUGCCAUUACUCCAACCUGAACGGGAUGUACUGGCUGGGAGUGCACGGCAGCUACGCUGAUGGCAUAAACUGGAAGACGGGCAAAGAAUACCAUUACUCCCAUAAGCGAACAGAAAUGAAAUUCAGGCUGGUUUAACAUGCCAAGAGGGUGUCUGACUAGCACCAACAGGCGCCCCUCAACAGCCUAGAGAAGACACAAAACAUGAUGUUGUUUGAGGGCGAAUUUGGACCAGGAAGGGUAUUACAGGGUGUGCCUUCAGCCUAGAGCAGGCUUUUAGAGACCAGAAGAAAUUGGUGCUGGUUUGAGCUCCUGUAAGCCCCAGACUCUCACCUUGGAUUAUUUCCAGCAGCCCCACAGAUGCUGACUGAGCUCAAGCAUCUUUUUUCUGAAAAGUGCGUUACCUUGAUUUAAAGACCAAGUGAUGGUGAGGCUAUUGCAUCUCAGUAAAGCUCUCAGACAUCACUACUCUAUAUGGUAAUUACCGGUAAUUUUCAGUCUAAUCCAAGUAUAUGAAGCCUCCAGUGUUCUCACAGCCUCUUUUUCUGUUGGACCCAAGAGCCACCUGACAGGCACUGAAGUCCCAACUCCCUCUCUCCCUGCAGGCUGUGACGGAGCCACAACACAGGCCAGCAUUGAAAGGACUGAGCUUCCAGCACAGAGCUGUGAGCACUGCUACCUUCCCACUGCUUCACACAACACUUGCUCCAGAACCUCAGGUGGGACCUCAGCUCCUGGAACCACAAUAGUAUUGCCCAGCAAUUCCCACCACUCCUCCAGGGCAUCUUUCCAGAUCUCAUUCUUUAGCUGCUGGGGACCAAGAGCUGGGUACAAAAUGUGCAUGCUGGUCCAGCAACACGUGUGGUACCAGGACACUACAGUAGUCCCAAGUCAAGCCUUGCACACGUGGACAUCAUGUAAAUCACUAGCACAUGCCAGUAUCUUCCUUUUCCCCCUUGUUUCCAGUAGCAUUUGAAGAUGGGCUACCUGCUGUCCGAUGGAGGCAGUUCAUCCCGUUAGUGUUGAUGUUGUAUUUGACUUUUAGCAGAACUGGUUAAAGGGUCUUUUCCCAGACUCCUCCCCACAGCUGACAAAGGGAAGGGAGAGCUCACUGCCAACUCACUGCAGGGACAGCCCAGAGUCACCAGAAGCAGAGUAUUCAUUUGUGUUACAUUCCUGACUGUCCUAUGUUUAUCACACUUAUUGCACAGAUGUGCAGCCAAGGCAGCUCCAGCCCUACAACACAGAAUUCAAACCCUGUGAGUGAGAAAAGCGAAGAAACCGCUCACCCAGCACACCACAGCAGGUCAGCAAUGU